UGUUGUUAGUGGAGCACGUUAGCUCCGCUGCUUCUGCAGAGCUACUCUGCGGAAAGAGGGCAACACCUUCUUAUAUUUCACAAGAAUUGCUGCAUAUAUAAUGCAGGAUUUUUCAUCUUUCCCAUAAAAACCGGACCCAUCUGUGAACCAUGCUGAAUAUUCUGUGGCAAAAAGUCAGCAACAGAGCUUUUAUCUGAUAACAGUUGACAGGUUACAUUAUUCUCUGGAUUAGGAUUAGAAGAAGGAGAAAGAAACAAAAGAUUAACGCACUCCUUUUGCAUUACUCAGUUUCAUUCUCACUGGGUGCUCAGGAAUGGAUUCACCUUUAAGUGUAACUGUCACCUGGAACAUUUGGCUCCAUAUCUGAUAAGGAAAGGGAGGCAGAGUCCAAAGUGCAUACACUUUACUCCCCAGAGUAGAUGAGGCAACGAGAGGAAAAAAAAAAAAAACAAACAAGAAAAAGCUGUUCAUCAUCUCUGUUUUGCAUAAGAAGAACAAAGUCCACCCAUGCUGCAUGUCCUAGUCAUUUUAAUCUGUUGGUUUUUGAAUGAUCUUUCAGAGAACUAGAAGCAAACUGAGAACAACUUCCACGUAUUAUUUUACAGAGAACUAUCCUAAAUAAAUUAAAAAUGCAUUCUGAAGAUGAAAAGCAGAAGCGUACUGUAGAUGGAAACAGAUAUGAGAUCGCUACCUCCAUCCAGGAUCAAGAUCCAGAAGACAAAAAGAAGGGAAAGAAGAAGAAAGGGGAAAAGCCUAAAAUGGUCAGCCCGUUAGCACUGUUUCGAUACUCCAGUUGCACAGAUAAAUUGUUAAUGAUAUUUGGCUCUCUCUUGGCAAUAGCCCAUGGAACCAGUCUCCCUAUUGCAAUGAUAAUUUUUGGUGACAUGACUGAUAGCUUUGUUAUUCCCAGUGACAGAAAUUUUACAGGAGACCUUUCUGUACUGAAUUCCUCUUUAGUGAUGCUUCAAAAGCUGGAAGAAGAUAUGACAAGAUAUGCAUACUACUAUUCUGCAAUAGCAGCUGCUGUUCUUGUUGCUGCUUAUAUCCAGACCUCCUUCUGGACACUGGCAGCAGGCCGACAAGUUAAAAAAAUUAGAGAAAAAUUUUUUCACGCAAUUAUGAGACAGGAAAUCGGAUGGUUUGAUGUAAAUGAUGCAGGAGAACUUAACACUCGUCUCAUAGAUGAUGUCAGCAAGAUUAAUGAAGGAAUAGGUGAUAAAAUUGGACUGCUUAUUCAAUCGGAAACGACAUUUUUAACAGGAUUUAUUGUUGGUCUCAUAAGAGGAUGGAAAUUAACCCUUGUAAUACUUGCAGUCAGUCCUGUCCUAGGACUUUCAGCAGCCCUCUGGGCAAAGAUUCUCACUGCAUUCACUGACAAAGAGCAAGCUGCAUAUGCAAAAGCAGGAGCUGUUGCAGAGGAAGUUCUGGGUGCAAUCCGUACUGUAAUAGCUUUUGGAGGACAAGAAAAAGAAAUUCAAAGAUAUCAUAAGAAUUUAGAAGAUGCUAAACGCAUUGGAAUAAGAAAGGCUAUUACUUCUAAUAUUUCUAUGGGUGCUGCUUUCUUACUGAUAUAUGCAUCAUAUGCACUGGCCUUCUGGUAUGGAACUACCUUGAUCUUAACUGAUGAUUACACUAUUGGCAAUGUUCUUACAGUCUUUUUCUCUGUAUUGAUUGGAGCUUUCAGUAUUGGACAGACUGCUCCAAGCAUAGAGGCAUUUGCUAAUGCAAGAGGAGCAGCCUAUGCAAUCUAUAAUAUCAUAGACAAUGAACCUCAAAUUGACAGUUACUCAGAUGCAGGCCACAAACCAGACCACAUUAAAGGAAACUUGGAAUUCCAAAAUGUUUUCUUCAAUUACCCAUCCAGACCAGACGUUGAGAUACUGAAAGGCUUGAAUCUCAAGGUGAAUUGUGGCCAGACAGUAGCCCUGGUUGGUGGCAGUGGCUGUGGGAAAAGUACAACUGUUCAGCUCAUCCAGAGAUUUUACGACCCUAAGGAAGGCACGAUUACCAUUGAUGGGCAGGAUCUUAAGAGCCUGAAUGUAAGAUAUCUGCGGGAGAUUAUUGGUGUGGUGAACCAGGAGCCCGUGCUGUUUGCUACAACUAUUGCAGAAAAUAUUCGUUAUGGCCGUGAGGAUGUCACCAUGGAAGAAAUUGAAAAAGCUACCAAGGAAGCUAACGCUUAUGAUUUCAUCAUGAAGCUCCCCAAGAAGUUUGAAACCGUGGUUGGAGAAAGAGGGGCACAGAUGAGUGGAGGCCAGAAGCAAAGAAUAGCAAUUGCCCGUGCUCUGGUUCGCAAUCCUAAAAUUCUUCUGCUUGAUGAGGCAACGUCAGCUUUGGAUACUGAGAGUGAAUCCGUUGUGCAGGCAGCACUGGACAAGGCAAGGGAAGGGCGGACCACGGUUGUAGUAGCUCAUCGCCUGUCAACAGUCCGAAAUGCGGAUCUUAUUGCCGUGUUUGAAAAUGGAGUUAUCACAGAACAAGGGAAUCAUUCUCAACUGAUUGAAAAAAAGGGAAUCUACUACAAACUUGUUAACAUGCAGGCAAUAGAAACUGAAGAUCCAUCAUCAGAAAAAGAUGAGAAUGCAGUUGGUGUUAAAAGAAGUGGAUCUGAAUUAAAUCUGGAUGAAUCCUUAAAGAAAGGAUUGAGAAGAGGAUCAACUCGGAGAAGCGUGAGAAAGCCAGGAGAACCUAAUAGUACUGAUGGGAAAGACAGUUCACCUGCUGAAGAAUUACCUCCAGUUUCAUUUCUGAAAGUUAUGAAGUUGAACAAAACGGAAUGGCCAUACUUUGUAGCUGGAACUUUCUGUGCAAUCGUCAAUGGAGCUUUACAACCUGCAUUUUCAGUCAUAUUUUCAGAAAUUAUAGGGAUUUUUUCAGGAUCUGAUCCAAAAGUUUUGAGAGAAAAGAGCAACUUAUAUUCACUGCUGUUUUUAGUACUUGGGAUCGUUUCCUUUUUUACUUUCUUUGUUCAGGGUUUUGCAUUUGGCAAAGCUGGAGAAAUUCUUACAAUGAGGCUUCGAUUCAUGGCAUUUAAAGCAAUGCUGAGACAGGACAUGGCCUGGUUUGAUGAUUCUAAAAACAGCACUGGAGCGCUGACAACAAGACUUGCAAAUGAUGCCUCACAAGUGAAAGGAGCAACUGGUGUCAGAUUGGCAUUAAUUGCUCAAAACAUAGCUAACCUGGGAACUGGAAUUAUCAUAUCUUUAGUUUAUGGCUGGCAGCUGACCCUGUUACUUUUAGCUGUUGUGCCAAUCAUUGCAGUGGCCGGAAUGAUUGAAAUGAAGAUGUUGGCUGGGCAUGCAAAAAAAGAUAAAAUAGAGCUGGAAGCUGCAGGAAAGAUUGCCACAGAAGCCAUAGAAAAUAUUCGAACUGUUGCUAGUUUGACUCGAGAAAAAAGAUUUGAGCUCAUGUAUGGAGAACAUUUGCAUGUACCAUACAGAAAUUCUGUGAAGAAGGCACAUAUAUUUGGCUUUUGUUUUUCCCUUUCACAAGCAAUGAUGUUUUUUACCUACGCUGGCUGUUUCCGCUUUGGUGCCUAUCUUGUGGUAAAUGGACACAUGGAGUACAAAAGUGUGUUCUUAGUGUUUUCAGCUGUUGUAUUUGGUGCUAUGGCAUUAGGACAAACCAGCUCUUUUGCACCAGACUAUGCCAAAGCCAAGAUAUCAGCAGCCCACUUGUUUGUGCUGUUUGAUAGAGUACCCUCAAUAGACAGUUACUGCGAGGAUGGAGAGAAACCUGUAACAUUUGGGGGAAACACAAGGAUCAAAGAUGUGAAAUUUAACUAUCCAAACCGACCAGAGGUCAAAAUCCUCCAAGGCCUGAAUCUAAAAGUAGAAAAAGGACAAACAUUGGCUCUUGUUGGUAGCAGUGGAUGUGGAAAGAGCACUGUCGUUCAGCUUCUUGAGAGAUUCUAUGAUCCACUCAGUGGAGAAAUUGCGUUUGAUGACAAAGAUGCAAAGGCACUAAAUAUCCAGUGGCUGAGAUCUCACAUUGGUAUCGUUUCACAAGAGCCAAUCCUGUUCGACUUCACCAUUGCUGAAAACAUCGCGUAUGGGGACAACAGUCGGGAGGUGCCACAUGAAGAAAUUGUUAGUGCAGCAAAAGCAGCCAAUAUUCAUUCCUUCAUUGAAUCUCUGCCAGAGAAAUACAAUACUCGUGUAGGAGACAAGGGAACACAGCUUUCUGGUGGGCAGAAACAACGUAUUGCUAUUGCUCGAGCUCUCGUACGUAAGCCCCAGAUUCUGCUGCUGGAUGAAGCUACGUCUGCCUUAGACACAGAAAGUGAAAAGAUUGUCCAGGACGCACUGGAUAAAGCCAGAGAAGGCCGCACCUGCAUCGUGAUAGCUCACCGCUUGUCCACGAUCCAGAACGCUGACAAGAUUGCCGUGAUCCAGAACGGCAAGGUCAUAGAGCAAGGGACUCAUCAGCAGCUCCUGGCUGAAAAAGGCUCCUACUAUUCACUGGUCAAUGUUCAAAGUGGGUCAUGCAACAUGUAAAUUAAAGGCAGUACUUCUCUCUGAAGUGUCACUCUAAUUAUUUCAAUACUACAUAAUAUUACUGGUCAGUCUUGAUACUUUUUUUUCCUCCAAAACAAAAGACUUUUUAUAAAUCCUAUGAAAACAAGAAAUAACAAUGUACCAGUUUCUCACUACUAGUUUUCAUUAUUCAAACUACUUUACUGUGCACCCAAAGUAGAAGUCCAUUACACCCAUAAGAGUAGAAGCAUGCUAAGCCAAAUUUAAUUCAUAUUAGCUGGCUUUGAACUCUAGCAAAAUCAUCCUAUUCAGGCACGUCUGGUAAACGGUAUGUAAACAUGAUUGUACUCAUUAAAACCAGUGUUGCUAUUGCUAGGAACAAGCCUUAAGCCUUAUCUUCACAGUGCCUAUGCUGACUGUGUAGGGACCCAGUUAUGACCUAUUAGGCUUGUUAUCAACUUAUAAGAACUUGCAGACCAGCUGGACCUUGAUGCCGGAUGUCUCUUGUUGUAGAACUUUAGCCUGGGAUGACUGCAAACGUCUUGGAAAUAUGGGUACAAGUUGAAAACAAAGGCCCCAGAACUAUUAAGAAGUAUCUCACUUGUGGUCACAUACUCAUCAUGGAAGAAACGUGACUGUAAGAGCUGGGAAAGACUGCUUUAAAUAUAUUACAGAAAAGAAGCAGCAGAUAAGAAAUUAUAAUUACACAGCAUCAGCUCUGUGGUUUUGUAUAUUCAUUGCUAAUUUAUUAUAUGAAUUUUAAGUGUUAACUGCUUUGAAUAUGUAGUAAUAGCAAUUAAGAACUUACCAUCAGCAAUGUGCAUUGUUAAUGAAUAUCUCUGAAGUAAAGUUCUAUUUUAAAGUUUUAAACUGGCCUGAUUAAUCAGACUUCUAUGUUUCUGUCAGCGAUUUCUAAUGCCCUGAGAUUUAUAUGUGUAAUCUGCCUAUCUACAUGUAGGUAGUUACUCUCACACACACACAUAUGUGAAGGUGCUGAUAGACAGAUAAGUUGGUCAUUGUACUAAUAAUGCUCUCCAGAAUGCUGAUUAAUGUGAUCCCUCUUAAAUCACUAAUCUCUUUUCUUCUGUGCAUGUCUGACUGGAUACCUGUUUCAGUACCAAACUUGUUUGUUUCCUGUUACCUGAAAAAAUAACUCCUUGUCCAUGAGAAAAGCUAUUAGUCUGCAUCAUAAUAUAAAUAUGUCAUACAUUUGCAAGAAGGGUACUGAUAUUUCUUAACAUUAUACUUUGAGGAUUCAAGUGGAAACAUUUAGAUUGCUGUUUUUUAGACUAAAUUUUGAAUUUUAAUAUUUUAUUUUUAAAAGUAGGCUUUUAAUUUUUGUAGUGAGGAGAUGUCUAACGUUUGGAUUAGUGUUUACAGAAUCAGAUUACAAAGGCAGGCACCUCUGGAUGUUACUUUGCCUAACCCCCUUGCUCAAGCAGGGUCACCCUGAUCAGGUUGCCCAGCACAAUGUUCAAUGGCUUUUGGAGAUCUCCAAGCAGGAAACUCCACAGCCUUUCUGGGCAGUCUGUGCCAGUGCUUCAGCACCUGCGUGGCAUGGAAGUACUGUCUGGUGUUCAGGAGGAGCCUUCUGUGUUCCAGUUUGUGCCCACUGCCUCUUGUCCUGGCACUGGGAACCACUGAAAAGAGCCUGGUCCCAUCUUCUUUGCAUCUUUGCUUCAGGUAUUCAUACACAUUGGUAGGAUAUCCCCUGAAAUAAUCACAGAUACUUGAUGAUAAGCAUAGGUCUCCUUAUUAUGAAGUAAUGUGCCUUUCUUCCCUUGUCUUGUGCUGAGUGUUUACACACCUACAAAAAUUGCCCUUCUGGAAGAAGAUAUUCUGGAAUUCUUUUUACAUACAUUCCUAUGUCAGAUUUCUGCCUCUUACCCCAUUAGCUUUGGAACAAGGUUUCAGAGGGUUUUAAGCAUUGACAUCUCCUCAGUAAUCCUAAUGACUUUCCAAGCAUAUGCCACCGAUUGCUGGAAAAACAAGCAAAAAGUAUUUAAAUUCAUCAUUCUGAUGGGCCUCCAGCUAAUCCUCAAAAGAGUGCUCUCAAAAGAAAAUGGUGUCUUAGGUACAAGCUUUUUCCUACUGCAAAUUCUUGUCAGUGUGUUGAAUACUAGCAUCCUAUUGCCCAACGUUCACCAGCAUAUUUGCCCCUACAAUGGCGAUUUGCUGUUCUUUAUGCAAUAAAUACUACCAAGUCCUUCUCUCAUUUCUGAGAUGUAGAAAGAGCACCAAUAGUAUCCAGUGUUCUUUCUCUCCUCAUAAAACUCUGAUGGAGUAUCAUUCACCAGUUCCAAAAAUCAUGGAUUGUCUCAACUUCAAACAAUGACUGUAAAACAGUUAUGGAUCUCCACUAGCCUCUUCAUCAGGUAUUCCCUCCAAAUUCUUUCCUAAUUAUUCCAUGUUGAGAUCAGUGAUCCUGGUGUUGACUCCCAGUCAAUCUAGCUUUAAUGGAAACAACUCCAUUUCCUUACGAGCAAAUCCUUUGAACAUGCUCUUCUGUUUCUUGGUACUAUACUUGUCUAACAAAACACUUUUGAUUGCGUUUAUAUCUGCAAAGCUCCAUAGAUCUUGAAAGAUUUGUUAAUGAGUAUUCCUUGUGAUUAAAGUACAAAUAGACAUAAAGCCAGUCUUUUCCUCAAGAUCUGUAGCCUAUAUGUACAUUUACAACUCAUCCUCCUAUUCCUCUCCCUGAAAAUGCAAUCUACUUUGCACAUUUGGUCACUGAAAGGAAAGAAAGACAACUGUCAGUAAGGGAAAAACAAGGUACACUGCCCAUGAAUGCUGCUGACUCAACAGAUCUUGUACAGAAAAAUCUACAUUAAAAAUGUACAAAAAGACAGUCUAAAUAACUGCUAUUGGCAAGUACCUAGUCUUUUUUUUUUCUGGAUAAAUAGUCUAGAACUAUUUAAUUCCACUUUAAUUCCACACUCAUUUGGUAUUUCUAAUGACGGAUGGUAUCUUUUAUUCUAGUUACUCUAAUGCAGCAAACCAAAAUCAGAAAGUGAGAAACAGAAUGAGCACCCAUUUCAAAUAAUUUGCAGUGAAUUGCACAGACUGUAGAGGUAUCAAUAGUAGAGAACAGUAAGAAAAAGAGCAGAACACACAAGGACAACUCUCUACGUGUCCAUGCUAUUGUAGAGCGAGUACACUUCCUUUUGUCUUUGUAUGCUUAUUCCUAUGUUUGUUUGAUUAUAUCUGUGAGUUGUAUGAUGUUAGCUAUGGAGGUUAGUAUUCUAAUACUGCUGCUGGGACAGGACUGCAAGCAACUAAAAGUGAAUGCUUAUGCCUAAGCUUAUUUCUCUAUGUAAGCUGCCCCUCUGCAUGUUUAACAAAGGUCUGAUCAAUGAGGCCUAGGGCACAAUUCAUCCCAUUCUAGAACUGCUGUCUCUAGCAGGCCAGAUUAGCAAUAAACUAAAAUUUCUUCUCUUCAUAAAAGAAUAUGAGGUUGAUUACCAUAACUACCUACAUUGUCAAUGCUAUAGCUUAGAGAAAAUGAGUUGUAUGUUGAACAACUACUGCAUUAAAAUAGGUUUCUUACAUACUGGACUACAUUAUGUUUCAUAAAAAAAAUCUGUUAACCAUGAUUGCAGCUUUGUAUUUACCAAAGAUAGAGACAUUUCUUAGAAAAAUACUGGAAAUUGUGUGGGGUGUUUUAAAGUACCCAAAUAUUUGAAGUCAUUGAUGUUCUAGAUAACUUAAAAGCAAAGACUUUGUGUCCAUAUACGAGGUGCAUAUAAUCUGUUUCUUCAUAGCUUCACUUCAAGUGUUCAUAUGCAGAAAUUAUGCCAUCAUUCAUUUGCUUAAUAAAGGAGACGAAUAUUUUAACAAUUUUUUGAAUACAGCAAGGAGUUGUUCUAAGAUCAUGGUUCUUACCUCAUCCAAGAGGAAAAUUUUAUUUCCCUAACAGGUCAGCUUUAUCUGCUCUCUAUUUACUGCUGAGUGGCUAGUUUGGUCAAAAACAACAUGAUUUUUUUCUCUUGACUUUCUCAAAUAUGAUUUUUUUUCUGACUUUUCUUGUAUAUAUAUGACAUCUUUUACAGCAUUUGUUUUGUAUUUGUUGUACAAAUUCCUACUUCUUGACAUUCAUAUACUUCGUAGUGAUGUAUGAUACAAAAUAACACAUCAUUUUCAUAUUGUUCAAAAAACAAAAUUUAUGCACGCUUACCGAGGCACUGAUAGAAGAAUGCACAAUGGAAUCUGAUGAGUUUCUCCAACCACAAACUCAGAAUUUCUGUUGAGUAGACUUACAGUUCAUUUAUCUCUAUAUGCAUGUCUAUUCUUCAAUGUAAAAGAAGAGUAAAUAAAGAUGGAAGUUACUAACAUAUGUAUCAAAUCAGAAACAAUUCAGACUUUACUCUCCAUGUAUUUUCUAUUUGAGGAUUGUAGUUCAGAAUUCUAGUAUUUUAAGGCUUAUGUUGUUAGAGGUAGAUUCAAUAAAGCAUACAACAAUCUA